CCUGACAGCGAGCCUCAAGACUAGAGCUAUGAGCUCACCUCUGGCCUCUCUUAGCAAGACUCGGAAGGUGCCUCUAGAGUCAGAGCCUGUGAACCCUGGGAAGCGAGGGAUAAGAGUCUACGGAGAUGAAGACGAGGUGGACAUGCCGAAUGAUGGAGAAGACGCAGACGAAAGGAUCUCUGUCCCUUCGUGCUAUGGAGGCAUUGGUGCCCCUGUGAGUAGGCAAGUCCCUGUGUUCCAUGAUGCGGAGCUGGUAUCCUCCAUGGCCAGGAAGCUGCGGGAAAUGGAGGAGCAGCUGAAGGCCCAGAGUGAUGAGCUGCUGUCCAAGGAGCAGAAGAUCCUGGCCCUGGAAGAUUUGGUGCAGGCCCUCCAGCAGCACCAAGGAGACAGUGCAAGCCUGCAGAGGCAGGAGGAGCUGGAGACACAGUGCGUUCAGCUGCAGCGGCAGGUUGGCGAGAUGGAGCGCUUCCUCAGUGACUACGGCCUGCAGUGGGUGGGCGAGCCUAUGGACCAGGAGAAUGCAGAAGAAAAGGCAGUCUCUGAAAACGAUGAGCAGGACUGGAUGAAGGCCAAGAAGUUCUGGAAGCCAGGGGAUUCUUUUGUGCCCCCGGAGGUGGACUUUGACAGGCUGCUGGCCAGUCUGCAGGAUCUGAGUGAGCUGGUUGUGGAGGGAGAGGCGCAGGUGACACCAGUGCCUGGUGGGGCACAGCUCCGCACCCUUGAGCCAAUCCCACUGAAGCUCUACCGGAAUGGCAUCGUCAUGUUUGAUGGGCCCUUCCGGCCCUUCCACGACCCCUCCACACAGCGCUGCCUCCGCGACAUACUGGAUGGCUUCUUUCCCUCAGAGCUCCAGCGACUGUACCCUGAUGGAGUCCCCUUUAAGGUAAGCGACCUGCGCAAUCAGGUAUUCCCAGAGGAUGGGCUGGGCCCAUUCCCAGGUGAGGGUCGUGUGGUGGGCCGGCAGAAAAUACGCAAGGUCACCGACAGGGUGGAGGAUGCUUCAGGCUCCAGGAUGACUGCUGAGAAAUUUCUGAACAGGCUUCCCAAGUGUGUAAUCCGACAAGGCGAGGUGAUUGACAUCCGGGGCCCCAUCAGGGACACCUUGCAGAACUGCUGCCCAAUGCCUGCCCGGAUCCAGGAGAUCGUAGUGGAGACACCUGCCUUGGCUUCUGAGCGGCAGAGGAGCCUGGAGUCACCCAGCACGCCAGUGCCCCCACUCUCUAUGCUGCGCAUCAAGUCUGAGAACGGGGAGCAGGCCUUCCUAUUGAUGAUGUGGCCUGAGGACACAGUUGGUGACGUGCGGAACCUCUUAGCACAGGCCAGGGACAUGGAUUCGGCCACUUUUGAAAUCUUCAGCACCUUCCCACCCACGGUCUAUCAGGAUGAUGCACUCACGCUGCAGGCUGCAGGCCUGGUUCCCAAUGCAACACUGCUGCUACGGGCUCGAAGAGCCCCGCUGUCAAGCCCCAGCCUUGGUCCUGGCUCUGACGCCACCCUGGCCGAGGCUCACUACCCUGAAUAAAGUGCCGCCCCUGACAUCA